AUGCAAGACAGUCUCAGAGGCAGGCAGGGUGGGCGGCAGCUCCCCGUACGCCUCCCCCAGGAUGCUGCAGCCAGAGAGUGCCUGGGUCUCCGAGGAGGGGACACCACUGGGUCCCGGCGGGGCGACUGCAUCAUCUGCUACUGAGCCUACGGCCUCACGGGGCACCUGCCACGCCGCCUCUACCGCGGCCACACCUUCUACCGGGCAUGCGUGCGGCGGCUGGACACUCCGGCCCACGGGCAGCGCUGUCCCUGCCCAUGGUGCCGCCGGAGCACACCCACACCCCGCGGAGGGGUCAUGCUGGACCUCGACCUGGCCACCCUCCUGGCCGUGAAGGCCAAGGGGGAGCUGUCCCGUGUGGAGCCCUGUGCCCCCCGAGGCAGCACUGCCGUCGCUCAGCAGCUGGCCCGGCUCUGUCCCACCUUGGGCACCCAGCCCCAACUCCCCCAGUCCAGGUGCUGCAGGGGCCUCUGCUGGGACGCCCCCGGCAGCCCCGAGGUCUGA